AUGAGCAUCCUGCCCUGGAGUGAUCUCAGAUUAAUUUCCUCAUCAACACCACAACUCUGUGCCUUCACCAUACCCAUCACGCCCUUUCGAUCCACGACGUCCACGAAUAUCCUUGUGCAGGUACGUUCCAAUUGAGUUGCCGCUGUUGUGCAGCCAAGGCCGCACCUUUCCUGGAAUAGCUCCGUCAUUAUGGUUCCCCCACCACCUCUCCAACAUUCACAAGCUUCAUGAUGCGCGUCAACUAGCCAUACUGAUACGUGAACAUACAGAUCGUCUCUAGAUCCGUCCUUUCUCUCACUGUUUUUCCUCGACCAAUCUACGACGCCUCAAUCGAGGCUAGGCGGCCCCAACACGCGAUCAGCCUUUUUGUACACAAGCACGAGUCAACAGGUCGGGGACAAGGCCGAUUUGACCUUUUUACGAACCUCGUUCUAUCACGAAAUAUCCCCCGAGUAGCUUCGCAAUGUCUGACGGCCCUGACAAGACGGACGAGCUCUACCCAAUAGCAGUUCUCAUCGACGAGUUAAAGCAUGAUGAUGUCCUCCUACGAUUAAAUGCCAUACACCGCCUCUCAACCAUUGCACUCGCUCUGGGAGCUGAGCGUACGAGAGACGAGUUGAUUCCAUUCUUAGACGAAUCGGUUGAAGAUGAAGAUGAGGUUCUUACUGCUUUGAGUGGGGAGCUAGGUGGGUUUGUCGAGUAUGUUGGUGGUCCAGAAUGGGGUCAUGUCCUACUAUCACCGCUUGAAAACCUCGCGGCGAUCGAGGAGCCUCUGGUGCGGGAGAAGGCUGUGGAGUCCCUAAACAAGAUCUGUGAAGAGCUUUCGCCACAACAGGUCGAAGAAUACUUCAUUCCUCUCACGAUUCGACUCUCGAAAGCCGACUGGUUCACCUCAAAAAUCUCCGCGACCGGACUCUACAAUGUUCCUUAUAAGAAAGCAUCGCCACCCAUGCAGGAGCAGCUUCGACAGCAAUUCGGGCUCCUUGUUCACGAUGAGACUCCUAUGGUCCGAAGGCAGUCCGCGAAUAAUCUCGCGAAAUUUGUCAAGGAGAUGCCAGCUACAAUCGUUGUUGAGGAAAUGAUACCCCUUUUCCAGCACCUCGCCAGCGAUGACCAGGAUAGCGUACGGUUAUUGACGGUUGAGAUUUUGAUUGCGAUUGCAGAGGUUGUCCCCAAGGAGCAGCAGUCAAGUCAUGGUGUCCUGCUUACGGCGUUGAGGAGUUUGAUUGAGGACAAAAGUUGGAGAGUUAGAUAUAUGGUUGCGGAUAGAUUUGAGAAGAUUGCCAAGGCCGUAGAUGAUGAGGUUGUCACAAGAGAUCUCGUGCCAGCCUUUGUUAAACUUCUCAAGGAUAGCGAGGCUGAAGUUCGGACAGCUAUUGCUGGACAAAUCCCAGGCUUCUGCAAGCUGAUUGACAGAACGAUUCUUCUCAACGAUGUGAUGACGACGGUAGAGGACUUGGUAUCUGAUACCUCUCAACAUGUCCGUGCAGCGCUCGGAACCCAGAUCAGCGGUCUUGCCCCAAUCCUUGGCAAGCAAGAGACCAUUGAUCAUCUUCUACCCAUGUUCCUACAGAUGCUGAAGGAUGAGUUUCCUGAUGUCCGUCUUCACAUCAUCUCUAAACUCGAAUUGGUCAACCAAGUCAUCGGCAUCGAGCUCCUAUCUCAGUCACUCCUCCCAGCAAUCGUUCAACUCGCAGAAGAUAAGCAAUGGAGAGUUCGAUUGGCCAUCAUCGAAUAUAUUCCUCUCCUUGCAAGUCAAUUAGGUGUCAAGUUCUUCGACGAGAAGUUGGCCGCUCUCUGCAUGGGAUGGUUGGGCGACACUGUCUUUUCCAUCCGUGAAGCUGCAACACAUAAUCUCAAAAAGCUGACAGAAGUUUUUGGGGUCGAGUGGGCUAACGAAGCUAUAAUUCCAAAGGUCAUGGCCAUGGGGGCACAUCCUAAUUACCUUUACAGAAUGACCACCUGCUUCGCAAUCACUACUCUCUCAACAGUUGUCAGCUUGGACGUCAUCUCAAAAUCAAUACUUCCAAUGAUGGACAAACUCGUUGCAGAUGAUAUCCCAAAUAUCAAGUUCAACGUUGCAAAGUCAUAUGGCGAGCUGAUUUCAGUCCUGAAGCGCUUGCCUGAAGAGGGAACCGUCUACUCGCUUGAGAAAGCUGGUGACACCACUCCACCGUCAGCCAGAAGCCAGGCACUCAUCCAGGAGAGAAUCUUGCCCAAUUUGGAGAAGCUGCAGAAGGAUGAUGAUGUUGAUGUUCGUUUCUUUGCUACAACAGCUGCCUCUCUGAUCGCGGGCGAGCCUAUGAACACGUCCCCAUAGAUGAGAUAAUAAAGACGCGCUUGAUGGAAAAUGCAUGUGUUUGGGGCUUACGAUUGUGCCUAAACUGGAGGCAUCCUCGUUGUUCUAGAUUUGGAGCAGAAUACCAGCAUAGUCCCUUUUCAUUUUGACUGGCGUUUCCUGUAUAAUAUGCGUGACUUUAGAAAUUCGAUAAGAUUUACUCUAAAUCCCA